UCGAAAUUUCCGUCCAUCUGGGGUCUCCGCACUCAGGUCUCAACGCUUCGACAUUCUGGGGUCUCCAUAUCGAAGACUUGUGCAUAUUUUCAGAACCUAGUGCUGCUGAUACUCUUGACAUGGAUGAAUCAAUAGAUUCCCAGGUUCCUCAGGUGAACAGACCUGCAGCGCAGCGCCCCAGGCGGCCAAGAGCUGCCCGCGCGUGCGACCUUUGUCGAUCCAAGAAAUACAAGUGCGACGAAUCUUACCCCUGUUCAUAUUGCCAAAGCCGCAAUGUCGAAUGUGUGUACAAAGGCCAGGACAUGUCGCGCAUGCGCAUGACAUCAAGCUAUGUAAGACAAUUGGAAGAGCAGGUCAAGAGCCUCUCUAGCAUUGUGGAGAACUAUGAGAAGGCAGCGACCGAUGGGCCAAGCAAUAGUCCUGAAGGGAUAGUGAUGAAUGCCUCGUCUUUACCAAUAGCUCAGCAUCCAACGGUAAUGGAGGCCUUCCCUACACCGAAUAGCAUUUCAUCAUGGCAUACGAGAGAACAAGAGGUCUCUGGUAUGAAUACUCACACGAGAGAUGUCGAAUUCUACGGUAGCUCUUCAUCCGUUGCUCUUCUGUCUCAUGUCCGGCGAACUGGUGAGGAAGACAAUGAUGAUGAUGAUGCUGGUGCACUUCUCUCGUCGUUGCACAAUCCUCACUUCGACGCAAGCGGAUCCCAGGAUACGCAGCGAGGGAGAAGGAGUACUGAAGAGUCUGAUCACUCACCUUGGUACCUCCAAUGUCGCAACUUUAUAGACGGCUUCUUCUCCGCGAUUCACUACAUUCACCCGAUCUUGGACAAGACUUCGUUCGUGCAACGCUGUGAGUCCUUGUGGGCGGGUGAAGGACCGGAAAACAAGAGGAUCACGAGUUUUGUUGCUUUGUACUAUAGCAUCCUCUCGAUCGGUGCAUUGGUCGGGACGAGAGAGGACGAGCUUAUCGAUGGAAUGACCAAUCUGGCCUGGAGCCGGAAGUUCUUUGAUCGAGCUAAGGAUUGCUGUAACAGGCUGGGGAUGGUAACUGACCUUGACAUGGUCCAGUGCUAUUUUAUCCUGGCCAAAGUCUGUCAGAACGAACUGCAUCCCCAUUUGUCAUACAUGUAUGUUGGCCUUGCCAUAAGAACUGCUUUGGCAAUGGGCAUCAAUCGUGAGCCGGGACCCAAUAGCAAGAAGCCGCCAUCUUUACUGAGAGCAGAGACACGGACGUGGUGGGGUCUUUACUCUUUGGAGACUGAAAUGUCUUUCGCAAUGGGCCGACCAGAUACUCUAGGAGCCGACCUCUAUCACAAUCGACGAUUCCCACGUAUUAGUAACGGCCAAAGCGAAACCGGGAUGGAUUCUGAGAUGGCCGAACAUCCUUGUUGCGCCAUCAUCGAGCACAUGGUGCAUUUCUCCAAAAUCACAAGGAACAUCUGCCUCAGUAUUUACCUGCCCGAAACGACGAUACCGAUGAUGGUGGCGAUGGCUGGUCAAAUUGAGAGGGAUCUAGAGGCCUGGACACAAAAGCUUCCCGAGGCUAUACGGCCAAUGGGAUCGUCAACUCAGGUACCGUCCCUGAGAGGGGUCAGGGAUGUUCAGUGGGUGAAGCGACAAAGACUUGUACUAAAUUUGCGAUAUCACAACCUGAGAAUCCUCCUCUUCGGAUCCUUCCUCUUGAGGUCAACGGCACAGGAGAGAGCGACUAUGAGUGACACAAAAAUCGGCAUCCAAAAGUGCCUUGAGUCAGCAAAGCAAACUAUUGAGACCAUCUAUCAGACUUACCAACACAGCGACUUCUUCCGAACAUGGUUCUACAACACAACAUAUACCGUAUUUGCUGCCAGUAUUAUACUGGUAUACAUGACCCAAGAAGCAGUUGAAAGUGAAAUGCAACCACUCCUUCGCCUAGUCGAUAUGGCGAUCGAGAUCCUCAUGAUCAUGGAUGAGUGCGUCGUUGCGCUACAAGCGGCAAAGCUACUACAAGGAGCUAGGGAAAAGGCUACACAGAAGUCAUCAUCUCAAGCUGUAGCGGCUGUAAAUCCAGGGACGUCUUGGCCUGAUGGAAUGGUGUACUUGAAUCACUACUGGGGACCUAUGAAUCUGCUGGAUGGGGACUUGGAUCAGAACCUCGACAUGUCAUCGAUAGACUUUGAUGCUGCGAGCCUGUUUAUGUCGAUGCCUCAUUAGUUCAAGAAGAAUACUAUGUCUAAUUGAGAACGACAGAGAGCAUAGUAAGCAAAUUAGAG